CGUGCGCGACAGUUAGAAGCAGAAGUCAGUUAGAGCGAAGUAAAAGACAGGAACAACACACGAAAGAAGAAGGAAAAGAGAAGUGUUGCCGAUAUAAAGACAUGGAUUUACUCCACCUUUCCGCCAUUGCCGGGUCGACUCGAGGUUGACGAAGGACGGUUGAAACCGAGUAAGUUGAACCUGCUCAGGAGGCGUUUUUUACGUCUGAAGAAUGGAAACGUUGUUACCGACCAGCUCAACUUAACCUGCUCGCAGCAGAAAGCUCACCAGCUUCCUUCUUUCCGGAUUCUUGUUCCCCAUUGGCUGCUGUCCCAAGAGGGUGGCAAUAAGCAUGGGGUAAGAAAGCUGAGACUAAACUCCAAGACAACACAAACUGAGGAGGUCCACUCACCUGCACAGGUCGUGUAAAGUGCAGGGUUGUCAUGGCUCUGUCACGGAGAAAGCUGAAGGUCGUGGUGACAGUGGUGAUGGUUAACCUCUUCAUUUUCAUCCUCUCCCGAAGCAACAGCCAAGACAAAAAUGGACAACACAAGCUCCGCACACCCUCCGAACCCUUUUGGGCCAUUCCAACCCCCAGUCCUGCUUACUGGAACCGCCAGCAGCAGAUUCUGGACACACAGAACAAUCACAUCUUACUGACAAACUACAGCAGCACAGACUUGCCUGACUGGUUGAAUGACACCAGUUUACCCUCUGACCUCUGUCAGCCUAACUUCAGGGUUACCACUCAGGUGAAAGACUACAACUCCCUACCAGAUCGCUUCAAGGACUUCCUGCUCUACAUGCGAUGCCGUUCCUACCCGAUCAUGAUGGACCAGCCAAAAAUAUGUAAGGAGCCACCAUUCCUGCUUCUUGCCAUCAAGUCCUUGGUACCACACUUCGACCGCCGUCAGGCAAUCCGCGACUCCUGGGGACGCGCCGGCGUUGUUGCCAAUAAGACAGUAGUUACCAUUUUCCUUCUUGGCAAUGCCACAGCUGUGGACUACCACCCGGAUUUAUCCGAGAUGCUGCAUUACGAGAGCGACCGCCAUAAAGACAUUGUCCAGUGGGAUUUCCGGGAUUCAUUUUUCAACUUGACUGUCAAAGAAGUUCUGUUUCUGGAGUGGAUCCAGGCUCGAUGCGCCAGCGCUCGCUUCAUCUUCAAAGGGGACGAUGACGUCUUUGUCAACACCUACCGAAUCCUGGACUUCCUCAAAAGUAUAUCAGGGUCCAAAGCCAGGGAUCUAUUUGUGGGUGACGUUAUCAUGAAUGCGGGGCCACAUCGUGACAAGAAGGUGAAGUACUUCAUCCCAGAGAGCAUGUAUGUCGGUGCAUACCCUCCAUACGCAGGAGGAGGUGGGUACCUUUACUCUGGUGAGGUUGCUGCUCACCUGCACAACAUGUCACAACAUGUAGCGCUCUACCCCAUUGAUGACGUCUACACUGGUAUGUGUCUUCGAAAGCUGGGGCUGGCCCCUGACAAACACAAAGGCUUCAAGACCUUUAACAUAGAGGAGAAGUACAGGUCAAAUCCCUGCGCGUACAAGACCUUAAUGUUAGUUCACCCGAGAACCCCACAGCAGAUGAUCCAGAUUUGGGCCUGGCUCAGUAAACCUGACUUGAGUUGCCCAUGAUGCAGCCUGAAGGGGAACCUUGCUGAAAAGCCUAAGUGAAGAAGACAGUUUUGAGGGUUGCUCCUAAAAGCAAAAGUAGAACGUCUUGAACAGGGUCAUGGCUUAAAAGUUGGCAGCAUUUAUUUAAGACAUUAUGAAAGUUGCCACUUUGAGCCUCAACUUGAUGAAACUGAUGCAUUGUAACAUAAAAAUGUGAAAGGAUGCAAUGUUGGCACCAGUUAAAUUAUAGUAUUUUCACCAGGAUGUCAAACUUCUAUUGAGAAGCUAACCCUGCUUUACUGUUGACCAAACUUCACCCGAAGUGAAUGUCUUUCUUUGAGUACACAUAUUUAUAUGACAACUAUUUAUACAGCCUUUAUAAUCCUUUAACACUGUGUGUAAGCUCCGCGAUGGAGUGUCUUAAUGCUGUAUUCAGUCAUUUUAGGGAAGACCUGGACGUGUCCACCUGGAAGCCUCAAUGUUGCUGUUUGUUCAAGGUAUAAGCGGCUGUGAUGGGAGUAGUUAAAAGAAAAUAUGUUCUAAAUGAGCAAAAUGGGGUUUUGUUCAAAGCACAUGCAUUUGUUGAUUUCUACAAGCUUUAAAAGAGGUUCCAGGUAAACAUAGUUUGUGCUGCUAUUUCCGUCCAUGCUCCUUCAAGUUUUUACUUGUGAAUCACUCCAACUCCAGCUCAACCAGUUUCUCCUCAUGGAAGACUUGUUUUUUCACUCUUUAUGUGAUUCAAAUGACAAGCCCUUUAGCUGUGACCUGAAACCUGUUGUUUAGUUUCUCAAUAAUUCAGCCGUCUCUUGAUCAUUUUGGCUUUCUGUUAUUUAAAUUCAUAGAUUUCCAAAGGUGAACACAUUUUGCUUUGAGGGACCAGAAAGAAGUGGUGGCCUUACUAUGUUCAGCUCAGUACGUCUGGGCUUGAAUGGCAAAAUAUGGAUAAAGAAAUCUAAAUGCUGUCUAAUUCUGCUUCAGGUCUUGACUGUACACAUGCUCACAUAAACCUCAAGUGCAUUUUCAGACAUGUAUGUGUUAGUCUUUUCAGAUAAAGAUGCAGUGCUUUAACUCUUAAAGUCUUCUGAAAUGUUAAAUGCUGCUUUCAUGUGCUUUAGAGUCAAAAUGCUUUAGAUUAAAGGAGUGGAAAGAACAUACCUGAGCUACCUAAGCUUUUCUAUACUUGACAAAACAGCCUUCUAUCAUUGUGCAGACUUUAUUUCAAUAUACUAGGUGUAUAAUUUAGGGUAGGAUGACCUCUUGUUCUUUUUUUUCAGCUUGCUUUUAAGAUAAUUAUCAAUUUUUCUUUCUCUCAAGGGUCUGUGUGUUGGUGAAUGUAUUAAAAUGAUUCCUACCUGUAUUAUAAGUUAGUACGCAGCUCACUGCUGCUUGGCUUUAGCACAAAUACUGUCUUCUACUCACUUGAUUAGCGAUGUGCUGCACAUACCUUGAAUACAUGUUAUGUCACAGUAGGAAGCUUUCUGUACUGCUUUCAAAUCUGAGUGGCUUAACUGCCUAGAUGUUUGUUUUUAUUAAACCCUAAAAGAAAAGGUCAGUGUUACAUGAUUAUUUGUUUUCACCAACUCAUAGUCAGUCUCAUUUGUUUAAUUUCAUUGUCAUUCCAGACACAUCUAUUUUCAGUAUUUUUUUGUCGUGGUAGCGGGUUUAGUCUGACGUUUAGGCUGUAAUCAUCUCCGUUAAAGCUCUUAUGUGCUCCCCCUGCUGGUUAGGGUGAGUCUGGAUGAGCUUUGUAUUCAGUGUCAUCAUCCAACACCUUAUCUAUUUUAAUCAUCAUUUUAGUAUUUCACUCUUGAAGUUUAAAAAUUCUGAUGGUUGGAGUUUGCCUCACAUGUAACACACACACACACACACAAAGAAAAAUCAUUCAGGCAUCACAUUUAGGCUUUUAAAUGUUAAUGACCAUCUUCUUGGACACUUAGUAUAAUUCCUAACUUGUGACAUAAUCCAUCUGUCCCCAUGAAAAAAAACAGUAAAGUAUCUGACAUGUUUUAAAUUUAAUCACAUAUGCUGCCUUUUAUUUUUCUUUCUUUCACACAGUUUGUGACUUUUUGAAAUGUUUACAUGUUUUAUUAAAUGCUACUUAUAUUUGUUAUUGUUACACCUGUCUGAUUGGCUAUAAACGUUAACCAUAUUACACAUUUCACCAUCUGAUGUGUACUCGCUUCAUGUGUAAAUUUAGCUUCUCCAUCUUCAUGUUAUUAUUCUUUAUCCCGUUUUUUGUUCUUUUAAAGAAACUUGUUAUCAAACCUUGCUCUGUGUUUCUCUGGCAGGACGUGUCAUGUUUUACUUUCGGUCAUGUUUUGAUUUUGUUUCAAAGGCAGAACAUUUCAUUUAAUGAUUCAAUGAAUUUCAGUUCUCUGUUUUUGUCCAUACAACCCAUGGCGACAUAUCAAACACGAUUAAAUUAUUCAUGUGUUUCAUUAACAUGUUCUCUUAAAACUUGCCAUUACCCUGUCACACAACCUCUGCUCCGGCUGGCACCAAAUCUAUGUCAUACUUUUGUUUUGCUUUGUACUGUUUGUGUAAGAAUGCCCCUCAAGUGUGUUAAGCACAACUCUUUGACAUAAAUGACUUGAUAAUUUCAAUAAAGUUAUAUUUUGUUGUUUUUGUAAACUGA